UCUUGAGUCUUGAACCAUUGCCGUAUUUCCAUCACUGCAUUAAAAAUUUAAAAUUGCGCAGAAUCCCACGUCGCAAAAUCCCUCUCCACCUUUUUUCGUCAGCCGGCUAUAAACCUCCCAUGGCCGAUUCCAAAUCCAAGCCAACAAACUCAGCCUCAGGUGAAAAGGAAGUAAAAGCACCUAAUUUGCUUGAAAGAGCAAAGGAAGAAUUUGAGGCAAUAGCGCAUCACAAAAAAUCAGACUCCCAUCAUAGAGAAACUAAUGGGUUGAAAACUAAUAACAGCAAAGAGAACGCCUCAAUAGAUGAUGUUAGGGCUCCAAAUGUUUUUGAAAGAGCAAAGGAGGAGUUUGAAGCUAUUGUUCAGGUACUCCGUCACAAGAAAGAUUCUCCAACCCAUGGCAAAAGGAAUGAAAAUAAAGUGGCAGAGUCCAAAGAUAAACAGAAAAUCCCAGGUUCACCUCAAGAAAAGAACGCAAAGAAAGGAAAUAUUCUUGUGAGGGCUAGGGAAGAAAUUGAUGCUAUUAUCCACCACAAGUCACCUCACCGUCAUCACAGAGAAACUCAUGGGUUGAGCGAUGAUAUUGACGAGAAUACCCCUAAUGAUGAAGUUAAAGGCCCGAAUGUCUUUGAAAGAGUGAAAGAAGAAAUUGAAGCUGUUGUCCAAGCAAUCCACCCCAAGAAAGAAAUAUGACAGUGUUCCCAUCUCGGAAGUAUUUGGGUUUAGUGAAUAACAUGAACAGUCAGAUAAACUCCAACUCAGUUCUGGUGGCUCUUUAGGACUUGCAUUACAUGGAACUCGCUGAGUUUGUGGAGAAGUCCAUGCUCUUGCAGACGCUGGGGGAUACUGCCAGCAGCCACAAUAUCACCAUCUUCGCAUCCAGUAAUGAAUGGGAGAUAAAGGCCAGGGAUUUGAUGGGUCUUGAAGGAGAACCAGUGUGUAUUUGGAUUCUGGGGCUUUGGUUUUUUAUUUCGGCUGUGUGUAUGCAUGCUACACAAAGUGUGGAAAUGGAUGAUAUUGUUUAUAAGUUAUACUAUGUGCAGAUUUAUACAAGUACAA